AUGAAAGAAGUUAUCGGUAUCCAAGUUGGCCGAUGUGGAAACAAAAUUGGAACAAAGUUCUGGGAUGUGAUUUCCGAAGAACAUGGCAUCGGACCUGAUGGUACUUAUAGUGGUAGUUCGGGAUUACAGCUGGAACGUAUCGGAGUGUAUUUUAAAGAAACGAAGGAGAAUAAAUAUUUUCCCCGUUCAGUAGUUGUUGAUUUGGACCCAGAUUCAUUGAAUACGGUGCUUCAAUCGACUCAUCGAUCAUUAUUUCGUUCGGAAAAUUUUGUGUUUGGUAGAGGUAGUGCUAGCAACUGCUGGGCUAAGGGAUUUUACGAUGGAGGAAGAAGGUAUAUUGAUCGGGUGUUGGAAGUUCUUCGAAAAGAAGCAGAAAUCUGUGACGGUUUACAAGGUAUCGAUUUGAAUCACUCGCUUGGAGGUGGUACAGGUUCUGGAUUUGGAGCGCUUAUGAUCGCCAAAAUAUCCGAGCAAUAUCCAAAGCGUUUUAUAUCAACAUUUUCCACAUUCCCGUCCGUCAAAGUGUUGGGUAUUGUGACUGAACCGUAUAACGUGGCGUUAUCCUUAAAACAACUCACCGAAAAUGUGGAUAUUACGUAUUGUAUCGAUAAUGAAGCGCUUUAUGAUAUUGCUUUGCGUCUGGGGAAUGGCAGACUGAAUUACGAUGAUCUUAAUCAUUUAGCAUCGAUGGUUAUGUCUGGAAUAACCAGUUUUUUGCGUUUUUCUGGAAAGAUGGAUUCUGAUUUGGGUAAACUAAUUAGCAGCAUGAUUUCAUUUCCGAAGCUUCAUUUUCUGGUGUCUAGCUUUGUUUCGCUGGAUGCUCGCAAUAUCGCUUUAUCCAGAGCUGAAGUCAAUGAAUUAUUCAAGCAGCUGUUUCACCCGGGUAAUAUAAUUGCCACUUGUGACACGGGACAUGGUCACUGUCUGGGUGCUUCCGCAAUGUUUCGUGGACAAGUAUCGAUGGAUGAGAUUGAAAGUCUGAUUUCGAGUUUUCGAAAUACACUAAGUCCUGAAUUGCUGCCGGAUAACAUCAAGUUAGAUACCUGCGAAAUUCCCGCUCGUGGGACUACAAUCAGUGGUACUCUUGUUGCCAAUACUACUGCUAUCAGAGAAGUGUUUGCCAGAAUCGAAGGACAAUUCGAAACGAUGUUUCGACGCAGGGCCUUUUUCCAUUGGUACACACGCGAAGGAAUGGAAGAAACGGAAUUUAUGGAGGCGGGGGAUUAUAUAAGGGGUUUGAUUUCGGAAUAUAUAGAUUGUGAGGAUUUGCUGAAUGUUGGAAAUCCUUAUGAAAUGAUCGAUGAUUAG